AUGGGAAUCCUCGCUGAACCCCGUGUCACCCCUUCCCGUCCUUUCCUCCGUGUUGGAGUCGACUACUGCGGUCCUUUAUGCAUAAAAGAAAAACACUUUCGCAAUCGUAGCCGAUUGAAGGUUUAUGUUGCAAUUUACGUAUCCAUGUCAACCAAAGCAGUUCACUUAGAACGAGUAAGUGAUCUCACCACCGAGGCCUUUAUUGGUAGACUCCGAAGACUGUUUUCAAGGCACGGAAAAUCAAUCGAGAUAUACUCGGAUAAUGCCACGAAUUUUGUCGGGGUAAACCGUGAGCUUAAUGAACUACAAACAUUGUUUAAUUCGGAGGAGCAUAAGAACUCCGUCCUAAGUUUUCUUACGUCCGAAAGGAUAACUUGGCAUUUUAUUCCUCCUCGUGCCCCUCACUUUGGUGGGCUCUGGGAGGCCGCCGUAAAAUCUUUUAAGCACCAUCUGAUUCAUACAGUUGGUGAUACACUUUUAACAUUUGAACAGCUCGAGACUUGCGUUAUAGAAAUAGAAGCAAUUUUAAAUUCCUGCCCUAUUUCUCCUAUGUCCUCUGAUCCAAAUGACCUGCUCUCCCUUACCGCUGAGCAUUUCCUAGUUGGUGGCCCUCUGACAAGCUUUCCUCAGGACGACCUCACCGACAUACCAUCUAAUCGCCUAUCAGCUUGGCAACAUGCUCAGCAGCUGAAGCAACAUUUUUGGAAGCGCUGA